AUGCCAAACAUUCGGCACCACCGCAGACACCACUCCUGGCCCCACUGCGGCUCCGAGUUAUGCAUGCGCGCUCCAUCAACCCUGGAGAACCGCAACCUCAAGCCAAUAACUGUUAGUGAAACCAAACAAUUAUGGGCCUUCCAACAAUCCACAGUUGUCCCUCUCAUCGUAGAGGAAGAACCCGAUACCGACGAUGCCGACAUGGCAGGUAUAGUCCGGACCCCAUCACGAAGCGUGCAUCGUCUCUGGUCCCGUCCUGUACCAAAGCCGCGGUGCGACGAUAUCCCGGACUCUGCGUCGGCAGCUGAAGCUCGAAAGCACGUUCAUCGCAGUGUGUUGCGGCGGCUGAUUCGUCGACCGCCACUCGAUAAGACCAGGUCGUUAUUUGUCAUGCCGACCAUGAUGACAGCGGGAGAUCAGGUAAUGAUCUCUGGCUGGAUGCCUCCCCGGCUGUCCGCGCGGCCAGUGAUGGUGAAUGAGAGAAGGAGUACAUUUUCGGUAGCUGAUUCACCGCAAUUCGUUGCCGAAAAGAGGCAUAGGAGGUCACACUCGGCGCAGCCGCGGUCGUGGAGGGAGCCGAGUGCAAGUCUUUUUAGUUUGAAGGAGGAAUAA